UCUUUGAUCCAUCACAUUUUGUUGUCGAUCUUUCGAGUUGUCAAAUCAGGUGGAAAUUAAAGAUCUGUAUCAAGCCACAAUGGCUGACCUUGAUAUUAAAUUUCUGUUACAACAGAAGAAGGCUGAAAAACUCAAAGCUUUGGAAGCAGCUAGACCUAUGGUACCGCCGGCUCGGGACGCAAAAUAUGUCACAGCCAAGGAAGGACAUGAUGGCGAAUUUGAAUCAAACAUCAAUUCUGAUUCAGACAAUGAGACAUCCGCCAAUACAGCCUCGCCUCAAAAGCCAUUUGGAACUGAUCUUGAACCCCAAAGUGGACCUUCGACCAAUCCAAAACCUCUGAGGAAGGACGCGCUUUCACAAUCAUCUACUAUACUCAUAUCAAUCGAACCCGACAAGCGACGAUUCUUUCGCCCUCUAGCAGAUGCCAUCACAUCAUCUAGUGGCGACCAGCUCGGUAAGAUACUUUUCCGUUUAUGUGUCGAGUAUCCCGAUGCUAGGGCAGUGGUUGAAUCUUUGCUUGCCGAUACUAUCGAUGAAGGCAUCAUUGAAAAUCCACAUCCAUUACUUCGAAGAAGCUCAAACUCGAGAAUCGAGCAAUCCUCAAAAAAGAUUUCACCUAUCAAGAAAGCCUUGAAAAAUCCGUUUUUUCCAGUUGCAUUAAACAAUAGCAAUCAAAGAGAGGAACAAGGGCCAGUUAUCGCGAAAUCUGCCAAAGAUGACCCAGAAUCACCACCAGCCGUACUUGCUGUUGUGAAUCCGGCCAAAAAACUGCCGUCAGUCCCUCAAACCUCUAUCUCUCUACUUAGCUCAGCGGUCAGCGAAAAGCGCAAACGGGAUGAACCUGCAGAUGCUUCGAUUGUCUCUCAGUCGCAGAAGAAAUCAAAAUCACAUUUUGUCAUUCCUAAGCAUUCAAAGAGGGAUAUCCCAUUGAGCGAAAAUAAAGAUACAAAUCCACGAUCCAAGUCGCUGGCUUCAAACUUGCCAAGCUCCUCCGAACGCUCCAAAACCAAGCCUAUCGAAGCUUUGCAAUCUAUUUCUGAUUCCGGUAACAAAAUGGGUGUUGGAGAAGAGCCACCUGAUAAAUGCAGUUGUUCGAUUUGUCAUCAAGAAUUUAGUAAGAAAAAUCUGGAGCGACAUAUGAGAGGUAUACAUAAAACAGAAGGGGAGCCAUUCGGAUGUUCGCUUUGCACCAAAAAGUAUGCUUUUCGGGACUAUCUUUAUCGCCAUCUGACCUCUUUUCAUACAAAUGGUUUGAAGUGUAUUGCUUGUGGACUUUCAUAUCCAGAUGAUAACAUUUUGAAUACGCACAUGAGGUCUGUACAUGGUGUACAGGCAGUGGAAGAUAAAAAGAUCAACGAAUCUCCAACAGCACCAAACUCUGUUAAGAAGCAGGUCCGUUUCCAAGAGGAUUCGAUGAAAUUGCGGAAGUCCUAAAUUACCAGACGAUUUCGGACAACCAUUUAAUUCGAAUCGACUAUACAAGAUCAUUUUCAUUUGGACUCUACGUUUAAAUCCACUAUACACCAAUAAUAUGACUGAUUCUGGUAGCCCCGGUGGUUUGAACGUCGCAUAUAUUCGUGUACAUGAAUCUGUUUUAUGGGUUUCAGUAAGGUCGAUCAAAAUACGGAAGCGCAGUACGCGAUCCCAGAAAUAGCCGCUUACAUCCAAGGUGACUCUCACUAAGUCAAACGAUAGUCUGUCUAUCUAGGUAUCCUUUCCUCUUUCGAUCACGCUCCGUCAUCAUGAUCAACCACUACUGGGCACUUAAUUCAUUGUACGCGUUUCCGAUAAUCCAUCAUAUUUGAUGUGUCAGACUGCAGAUAGAGGCUCGAGAUGGGCAGGGUUCGUGAUGUACGGCUGCGGCUACGGUCAUCGAAAACUGCCAAUAACAAGCACGAUCGUGUAAUAAUUGGGAUUUCAUGUGGUGAGCAUAUGUGGUGUGUGUCGCAACCGCGCUUGAUAGUGUAACCGCUGCUUAUCACCGGAAUGGUGGUGACUAAUAAAUGACAAGCCAACGGUACACAAUAUUGAGGGGAGCUUACUGGUGUCGCUGGUUUGAAUUCCAUUCGGUAACGGUUCUUUCGAUUGAAAAUCGGCGGUAAAGAUUUCUCUUUUUGUCAUUGCGGUCGCCAAAUCUCACUUUAGUUGCUUCUCACACCUGAUGAAGGUAUGUGUGUGUGAAUUGCUGUUCUUAGAUCAAUGAAAUAAGGCAACGGAAUAUGAGAAUCUCAUAUAAACAGGUAUUUGCCAUUGCAUUUCUUACCUUUUCUAGCUGUUCUUCUGUACAAGUUUCCUAUUUCCUGUUUAAAUCUAAGCAUUUCUAUCU